AUGAAGCCGGAAGGUAGCGAUCAGAUAAUGCCAAAACGCAUUCCCUUCCACAUCGUUUACGCAACAAGUGAGGACAGCUGCUACCCGGCAUGCGAGCUAAACGCGCAGGGCCCGGCAGCCCGUGGCUGGCGCAGCGCCGGCGCUCCGCCCCACGAGCUAUUGCUGCGUCUCGCCAACGUCACCAGCGUCCACAAGCUACAGCUGCUUGCACACCACCAGCUUAUACCGGCGUGCGUAGAAGUACUGGUGUCAGGCGGGCUGGUGUCAGAGGGCGCGGCGACGCCGUGCGGGGCCACCUACACUAGCGUGGGCCGCGUCACCCUCGCCAGACCAGCGCCGCAAGCUCGCACUAGGGAACUUAGAUCCGCUGCCCUUCCAGAACCUACCAUCGCGCGUUUCGUAAAACUUCGCCUGUCAGGUCCACAUCCACCAGCGCAUGAUAACGAUCAGGUAGCUCUAAUGGCAGUGAAUGUCCUUGGUAUUGAAGUAGACGAGGAAGGUAAAACAACUCCAGCCACACCCAAAUCCGAGCCAACUUACUCCCCUUACGAUGACCUUGCUUUUGUCAUGUACGUGGACAACGAAAUAGCUGACCUGGUCAGGAAUCUUGAUGAGAAAAAGAAAAACGCUGUAGCCGAGGAACGUUUCGAGUACGCCAGACGUUUGAAGUCCGCAUCAUCAGCGUUAGCAGCCGCCGGCAUCAGGAUAGGUCGUUGGAGGUUGAGGAAGCGCACCGCUGCAGCUCGAGAUGACUUCGAGCUGGCGCGCAGGAUGAGGGACAGGAUCGCAGAUGCUUUAGUCGGGGUUAAAGAAGAUCCACAACUUUGUAGGCUGUUUGAAGAGGAUGGUCCUGACUCCCGGAACGACUCAUCAAUGCCUCAAGCAUACGACUUCUCUCAUCACCUGUCACCCUCAGUGGUGGCGGGGACACUCAGCCUCGACAUCCCCUCCCCAGUUCCGCCUGUAGACGACACUGAUCCUGUCAUGCACGAGUUUGUUAACGGUGUGGAAGACGAAGAUGUUAAUGUUCCUAAUUCCCCCGUAAAAACAAUACAAGAAGAGAUACAGUUAGUCGCACAACCUCCUCCAGCACCGGUAGAAGAUAAGAUAGAAAUACAGAAGAAGGAAGAAGAAGAGUUAAGAAAAGAGACUGAUAGCCCACGUAGAAGUAUUACUCCUAAUGCUGCUAAUGGUACGUUAGUGAGGCGUAGAAAUAAGAGCGCAGGUCCAAGGUCCACAUUCGAGGCGUACGAGGAACGUUUACUGCCCGCACUAAGACACGGCCUAACAGUCCGUCGUCUAGCGGAGUGUGGUGCGGCGGGCGCACAGCAUGCGGCGGGCUCGGUGCGCGCGGCGGCCGAGCGGAUUCUACUCGCGGCGUAUACGCGCUCGCCACGCGUAGUGAGGGCGCAGCUCCCCCCAGAUGACGCCGUCACACGUCGCAACCUCAUCUAUAGACAUCUCUUCCAGCAGUUCGAUAGGAUCGAUAUGCAGAAAAUGCUUAACCAAGCACCGACAGAGGAACAACUGCUAAACGGAACAGAUCAGUCAGUAGACGUCAGCCACGAAACCGCCAGCGUCACCCAGUCCACUCGCUCCAGCACCACCGCCUCCGGGAUGACGCCAUCCGGCAUGACGUCGUCACUAAUGACGUCAUCGAUCGGUGCGUCAUCGUACAGCCUUAAAUCGAGUGCCAGCGGCGCGACGCUAGCGCCGUCCAGCUUGAGCGGCAGUUUUACCACAUCAAGGACAAAAAGUAGCUUGAAAAAAUCACCUACGAAGAAGUACACGCCGAGUCGCACUGCGAAGGACUUCUCGAAUUAUCCGGGUUAUAAUAAAUUAAGAUUGGAUAGCGCUGUUAGCCCGAAGCACUCACCAAGAUCCUCUACAGUCGGCAAUGAAAAGGUGCACUUUCAAGAGAAUCAAUCUGAAGAAGUGAUAUACCGUCGAACUAAUCGUAACACGGAGAACCGCCAUUCCAUGAUACAUUACGACCACGAUCCAUCCAAACCAGAACUAAAAGAAAGACCUGUCACAGUUUAUGAACCUCUACACAUCGACUACCGAGAUUCCCCAACAAUAGGUUCACCAAAGACAACCAAAAACGAUAGAAGUUUGGACUCUUUACCUAUGGAUUCACCACAAAUGUCUAGGAAUGAUAUGAGAUCGGACUCAGACUGUAGAAGUUUAGAUUCUCCGAAGAUUAAAGCUGAAUUCUUUAGAGAUAAUGGUUUGGAUUCGCCGAAGUUAGUCGCUGGGUUCAGGAAUUUACAUUUGGAAGAGAGCAGUCAAAUGGAUGAAAGCGGGUAUUACAGUCCAGGAAGAAGACAGCAGAUGACGACCAACGAACCUCAAUACGAGGACUACGAGGCAGUCGGUGUUAGCGCCAGCAAUGAGACCACGCCGGAACCUGUAUGCAAUACGACGUGCACGUGGUGCGGACGACGCGUGCGCGCCACUGCGCUGGAGGCGCACUACUGGCGACGCUGCGUGCUGCUGGCGCGCUGUCCGCAUUGCCGGCUGGCGCUGGAGGCGCGCGGCCUGCACCCGCAUCUCCUAGAGGAGUGUUCCCUGAGUGAAGGCUUAUGGAAGGCAUGCCAGAAGUGCGGCGCGGCGCUGCGCACAGAUGAGAGCGAAUAUCACGCAAACUGUAUACCACUGGGCUUGGAUGAAUGGAAGUGUCCAUACUGCUUGACAAACGUACUCGCGCGGGACCUCCCCUGGCAGCGCCAUCUCAUGCAAUGCCCGCGAAACCCGAGACUCACGCCCACUUAG